AUCGUAUCAUGUCGACUUGCAAUGUGCGCCAUUUUGAAAAAGAAAAAAAAAAAUCACGGACAGCUUCAGCGGCUCUGAUUCCUGGCUCUUUAAUCGCUUUCAGCUGCAGCGCCAGGUUGCAAACCCAAAGUAAACACCUGAAUACAGUUCCGCAGAACCCCAAGCGACGCCAAAUCUGCUCCCGGAGGAAGCAAUGGCAGGAGUCGGAGGAGGGAAUGAUUUCCAGUGGUGUUUCUCCCAAGUGAAAGGUGCCAUAGACGAAGAUGUGGCAGAAGCUGAUAUUAUUUCAACAGUUGAAUUCAACUACUCUGGAGACCUGCUUGCAACUGGGGACAAGGGGGGUAGAGUUGUCAUAUUUCAAAGAGAACAGGAGAGUAAAAACCGUCCUCAUUCCAGAGGCGAAUACAACGUUUACAGCACUUUCCAGAGUCAUGAACCUGAAUUUGACUAUUUGAAAAGUCUAGAAAUUGAGGAAAAAAUUAAUAAAAUUAGGUGGUUACCCCAACAAAAUGCUGCUCAUUCCCUGCUUUCUACUAAUGAUAAAACUAUUAAAUUGUGGAAAAUCAGUGAAAGGGACAAAAAGGCAGAGGGUUAUAACUUGAAAGAGGAAGAUGGCAGACUUAGAGAUCCCUUUAGAAUUACAUCACUACGGGUGCCUGUUUUGCAGCCCAUGGACUUGAUGGUAGAAGCAAGUCCCCGAAGAAUAUUUGCAAAUGCGCACACAUAUCAUAUUAACUCGAUUUCAGUAAAUAGUGAUCAUGAAACUUACCUUUCUGCAGAUGACCUAAGAAUAAACCUAUGGCACUUAGAAAUCACAGAUCGAAGUUUUAACAUUGUAGAUAUUAAGCCUGCCAACAUGGAAGAAUUGACAGAAGUCAUAACGGCAGCAGAGUGUCACCCGAAUCAAUGCAAUGUAUUUGUCUACAGCAGUAGCAAGGGAACUAUACGACUGUGUGACAUGCGUGCAGCAGCCCUCUGUGACAGGCAUACAAAAUUUUUUGAGGAACCAGAAGAUCCAAGCAGCAGAUCAUUCUUUUCUGAAAUCAUCUCAUCAAUAUCUGAUGUAAAGUUCAGUCAUAGUGGCCGAUACAUGAUGACAAGAGACUAUCUCUCGGUCAAGGUGUGGGAUCUGAACAUGGAAAAUAGACCAGUAGAAACAUACCAGGUCCAUGAAUACCUUCGCAGCAAGCUCUGUUCAUUGUAUGAAAACGACUGCAUUUUUGACAAAUUUGAAUGUUGUUGGAAUGGAACUGAUAGUGCUAUUAUGACUGGCUCUUACAAUAACUUCUUCAGGAUGUUUGAUAGAAACACCAGGAGGGAUAUCACUCUUGAGGCAUCCCGAGAGAGCAGCAAACCCCGCGGCAUCUUGAAGCCACGCAAAGUGUGUACUGGUGGCAAGAGGAAGAAGGAUGAGAUCAGUGUUGACAGUCUGGACUUCAACAAGAAGAUCCUCCACACAGCCUGGCACCCUAAAGAAAAUGUCAUUGCUGUAGCUGCCACCAACAACCUGUACAUAUUCCAGGAUAAAAUGAAUUAAAAUUGGCUUGGAAAGUCAUGAGGGCACAGUUUCGUUCUUGCAUAGUUAAGCCUAUUUGUUUAUCUAAAAGAAAAGGCCAUCUUGUCCUCCUAGUGAAGAAUUCAACGCACUUAUCUCCUGCUAGCUAAUGGAGAAAAGCUGGCCUGUUUCUUUGAGUCAGUGGUGCAUUUCUGCCUUCAGUGGAGGACAUAAUUAUGUGUUCUCUAAACAGGAGAGGCCCAACAAGCAGAAUUGAUGGACAGUACUCAAAAAAAGAGGUAAAAAAAAAAAAAAUGUAUUUAUUCAAGUCUGAGCCUUUUUUAUGAUUUACAGACCAAAUUAUGAAACGCCCAAGGAAUAUUAUUAUUGUCAAAAGUGUAGUCUCUUUACUGUAAUUUUGGGCCUUUCUAAAACUUGAGUUGUACUUGAUGAUGCCUGUUAACAUUCCUCCUCUGGUUUUACUUAUAGGCCUAGGUGUUUUACAUUUUAAGCACUUCAGUUUGGUCAGUGGACAGGUUUUUGUUUUGCUCUUUAUAUAUAUAUAUAUAUAUAUAUAUAUAUAUAUAUAUAUAUAUAUAUAUAUAUAUAUAUAGUAACAUUUACUCACAGACUGUAUCUAUAACCACACCAUCCGGUGUCAACCACUUAAUAAAAAUAACAGAAACUAAUGAGAUGUGUUUUUAAAUAAAAAAAAAAAAUGUAUUAAAUGCUUACAUCUGUUUUAUUUCUUUGCAUGUGUUGACAUUGUGGAUGCAAAUUUCAAUGGGGGAAAACAAUAAAAAAGAAGUUACACUACGCUGUCUAUUUCGGUAGCAUGUAAGAAAGUGAUAUAAUGAACUACUUGAAGCUGCAGUUGCGCCGUUAUAAGCUGAUUGUCAGUUUAAGUGUAAAUAAUAACAAUAAUUGCUUAUCCAUAGCUAUAAAUCUAGGUGGAGGCUGAAUGAGCUGUAGAAAACAAUAGGCAGUAACAAAAAGGGAAUCAGCAGUCUUAAUGCCUACAUAAGGGUCUAUUUUAAUGAUUUGAACCAUGGCAGAUACUAAUAUGGCCUCAAAUUUGUUAAUAAGCUGGUUUAAAAGAAAAAGGAAAAACAGUAGUGAGAUUAAUAAAGCGCAAAGGGGUGGCAAUAUUUAACUUUGUUGCAUUUAGAUUAUUAAAAUAGACUCCAUUGAGUCAGGCAAAACAAUUUGUAAGACUAACAUAAUUUAACAGUUAAAUGUCCAAGUUGCCACUCAAAUGUUUGACUAUACCUUAUGUGCAUUAUUUUUAUACAUUUUUUUUUUUUUUUUUUUUUUAAGAAACUGUUUUUGUUUCCUCUCCAGAACAUUGAACUGCUGCUAUUAGUGGCUCUUUAAAUUUGAAUGCUGAGUGCCUCCCCAUUCAAAUAAAUUGUGAAAAUAAUACAUUUUCAAUUAUAAAAUAGUGAUAACCUUUAUGAUGACUAAUUUGAAAUUAAAUAUUGCUAGUAAUGAACAAUAUGUGCCCCUUAAUUGUUGCCAAUAGUGUGCCACCAUGGUUAACAUUGCGCUUGGCAAGUGCACAUUUUUAGGUUUUUUAAAUUUAGUUAUUUGAGGGCACAAAUAAGUUGUCAAUAUAUUGUAUAUUGGUUGUGACACUAUUUUUUAAAACUAAAUUCAGGAUUUUUGGUCAAUUAAGCAUUCUCAUUGACCUUGUUCCCUGAUUUAAUAAUGAUGAUAAACUAACAUGGUUAAAUUGUAUGCACUUGUUUUUAUUAUUUUGACCAAAGUUUAAAUAAAUUUGAUUGUGUUUA